AUGGAUCAAGUAAGGCGUAGAGAUCAAGCCAUCUAUUUGGGAAGUCUACCUAAGAUGGGUUACAAGUUGUAUGGAGAGACAUUUGUAAAGACUUCCAAGGAUGCUCAGAGGGAUGAGCAAGCUACUUCUGAUCAAGCAACAACAACACCCUCACAAAUCUCCAAUGAGAUGAUUCUAAACUUGUUGAUGAGGAUAGAUGGAAAACUCAUUGAUCAAAGUGCCAAAAUAGAGAAAAUUGAAGAAAAGCUGCAAGAGUUGGAAAAUUUGAUGAAGAACAAAAGGAAAUCUCCUUUAGGUUCUACAACUAAACAUGCCUCUACAACACCAAGUCAAACUCCAACAGGACAAGUAAGUGAUAGUCCUAAUUUUCAAGCUGAAGGCAAUGAGCCAAAACCUGAUUCAGCUAAGAAACUACACACCCCUGAACCUGAAACUGAGGAAAAAGAUAGUCCAAACACUGAAGUGAUUGGAUCUCAACUCCAUGAGGAAACACAAGAAGCUGAAUCCUCGCCACCAAACUCUGAGGAAGUUUUCAUCAUGGAUAUCUUUCAAUAG